GAGACGUCUGCAUCCGGGGAUCCAAGUCCCUCAGAGCUGGACAGCCACUGUGUGUGUGUGCGAGUGUUAGUGUGUGUGUGUGUGUGUGUGUGUGUGUGCGUGUAUGUGUCUGUGUUUGCGGUAGGGUUGAGGUGAGGAUGAGGGGUGAGAGGAGUGUGUGUGUGUGCGUCUGAGAGCUCGUGCCGGGAGCUACACCCUGAGUCAACACGAGGACACCUGUGGACUGGGACAAUAAAAAAGGGCAAGAAGUGAAGAAUGCAGAAUGAAUCCACCAGCAAAGGCAAGGAGGUCAGUCAGAGACGCUCCGUCUCUGUGAUGGAGAGGAUGACCUUCUUCGGAGCCCGCAACCAAAAUGGGCAAACUCCGAGGUGUCCAGAAACGGGUCAAGAGGACUUAUUGGUGGGAGCGGACAGGUGGUCUACAGCGAAGGUCACCAGCAGAACCAGGAGGAGCAGUGAUAUCACGGGACUCAGAGAGCCGUACUCCCUGGCAGCCAAUGGGGAGGGCAGUUCUAGUGCGUCCGCCGGCUCCAUGGCCCACCAGGCGCCCGGCUCCUCCAGCUCCCUCCCCUCCCCAGGGGGCACGCGACACCCGGUCAGCGCCCUCAAGAAGUGGCUCACCAGCCCCGCCCGCAAACUCAGCUUCGACCGGGGGGGCGUAGGGGGAGGAGGAGGAGGAGGAGGAGGAGGAGGAGGACUGGGGAAGAAUGAUAAGCUGACGUCCAGGCUAGAUGGGAAGACUCCUGAAAGAGCCCUGAUUCAGGUCCAAGACGGGCCCCUGGUCCAGGGGCCAGACGGGCCUCGGGUUAAGGGGCCAGAGGGGCCCCUGGAGAGGCCGGGGAGCCACACGAUCCUCCCCUACACAGGGGUUGACACGGUUUGGAGCGGCGGCCUGCUGAGUCCCUCGGACCCGGCCUCUCCCAGCGACCUGUGGGGUCCAGGGCCGGACAGCGACUCACACAGCCUGCAGGACGGCCAAUCCCGCUCCAAUAUCCCUCCAGACGAAAGCAGCUUGAUCGAUGACUCAGGCAGCCAAUGGUCAGCCUCGCUGGACACGGAGGAGGACCGAAGGGCUGCCCUGGAGAAAAGCAUUUAUGUGCUGACAGAGCUCCUGGACACAGAGAAGUUGUACGUGGAAGAUCUGAGGCUCAUCGUAGAGGGCUACAUCGGCACCAUGGCCACCCAGGGGGUUCCCGAGGACCUGAAGGGGAAGGACAAGAUAGUGUUUGGGAACAUCCACCAGAUCUACGACUGGCACAAGGACUACCUUCUGGGGGAGUUGGAGAAAUGCUUCGAUGACCCGGAGCGGCUGGCUAACCUGUUCAUCAAACAUGAGAGACGGCUCCACAUGUACGUGGUGUACUGCCAGAACAAGCCCAAGUCGGAGCACAUCGUGUCGGAGUACAUCGAGACCUUCUUUGAGGACAUUCGGCUGCAGCUGGGCCACAGACUGCAGCUCAACGACCUGCUCAUCAAACCGGUGCAGAGGAUCAUGAAGUACCAGCUGCUGCUCAAAGACCUCCUGAAGUACUGCACCAAGGCAGGAAGGGACGUGGUGGAGCUGGAGAAAGCGGUGGAGGUGAUGUGCUUCGUUCCGAAGCGCUGUAACGACAUGAUGAACGUGGGCCGUCUGCAAGGCUUCCAGGGCAAGAUCACCGCCCAGGGGAAGCUGCUGCAGCAGGACACCUUCUCCGUCAGCGAGCAGGAGAACAACAUCCUGUCCAGGGGCCGGGAGAGGCGGGUCUUCCUGUUUGAGCAGCUGGUCAUCUUCAGCGAGCCAAUCGACAAGAAGAAGGGCUUCUCUCUGCCCGGGUACACGUUUAAGAGCAGCAUCAAGGUCAGCUGCCUGGGCGUGGAGCGGCCCGGGUCAGGGGGCGUGCCCGGGGGCGGGGCCGUGGAGCAGGACCCCCGGGUGCUGGUGCUGACGGCACGCCGCCCCGACGGCAGCCUGGUCCGCUACGUCAUGCAGGCGGCGUCCAGAGAGAAGCAGCAGGCCUGGCUCAGCGACGUGGGCCAGAUCCUGGAGUCCCAGAGGAACUUCCUCAACGCGCUGCAGUCCCCCAUCGAGUACCAGCGGAGGGAGAGCAAGUCCAACAGCCUGGGCCGGGCCAUGCGGGCGCCGGACGCCAGCGGCGGCGCGGUCGGCCUGCGGCCCCACUCCUCCGCCUCCAUGGACCGCCACCACCUGCCCUCCCUCAGCUUCUACAACACCUCCAUGCCCUCGCUGCUCCCGGCCGCCGAGGGCCCCAGGAAGGUUUCAUCAGAGCGUCCGUCCAGACAUCCGCUCUCCGUCCCUCAGAGGUCCGCUCUCUGCCCAGAGAGGAGCUCCGGCCCCGGGGUCUCUAACGGCGGGCCGGCCCUGAUCCAGCGCAGCAUGCAGGCCCUGCGCUGCAGCUCAGAGACCCCAGAGUCUGAGGAGCUUCCUGCAGAGCCUCACCAGCCCGGCCUCGGUCAGCUGACCGAGAGCGACCUAUAGCGUGGCCCGGUGGCCUGUGAAUCCAUCGUGAUACGUGAGACGUGGGGACGGUAGCAGAGCGGCGCCUCGUUCUGCUCCCAGGAACCCUCCGUCCGUCCUGGGUCUCCUCCUGUCCCCCCUCUUCUCCUCCAUCCGGACUGUCCCACUACGGGCGUGAUACCCCUCUACCUACGAUCCUGUGUCCUACACACACGCACACACAUGCACACACACGCACAACCCCUGAGACUCCAGGUCUAUGUAUAAUCCAGUCUUCUUUCAAAGUGACGACCGAUGUCUUCCUGUACUUCAUAUUCUGUGACGAGGGACCAUGCAACAUUUAUACCGCUAUGUUUUAUUCAGCGAGUGCAGUGACACGAUGUGUAUCGGCUCGUCCGCUCCUCUGCUCCUCCGACCACCUCCCCCUUCGCCGUCGGGCGGUGCCCCC